AUGCUCGGCGGCCAGCUCCUCUCGCGCUCCAAGGCGCUCGCAUCGACCUCGCUCGCGGCCGACAUCCGCAGCGAGCUUUUCGGCGGUCCUUCCGGCCUCAAGACCCAGAUCCGUACGGCCACCAAGCGUGGUGGUGGUUCGUCCAAGAACGGCCGUGACUCUGCGGGAAAGCGUCUCGGUGCCAAGAAGUUCACCAACGAGUACGUCCUCCCCGGCCAGAUCCUCAUCCGCCAGCGCGGCACCGAGUUCUACCCGGGCCAGCACGUCGGCAUCGGCCGCGACCACACCCUCUUCGCCCUCGAGCCCGGAUACCUCAAGUUCUACACCUCGUCGUUGCCCUACCCGCACCGCGCCGUCGACGUCGAGAGCCACGCAGCCAAGGACGCCGCGCGCCCCGCCGUCAACCGCCCGCGCGGCAUGAGGCAGUUUGUCGGCAUCGUGCGUAACAAGGAGGACACGCUCCCGCGCGACGAGCGCGCGCUCGGCCGCGAGCGCCGGUUCUGGGGCUGGCCCAAGGCCGAGAACGAGGCUGGCGUCGAGACCCCGUCGUCGUCGGCAUAG